CUCUUCCUCUUCCGACAACGCCUUCCCUCUCCUAACGAGAAGAAGAGUAGUCGUUCUUCAAUUUUCGUGGCUAUAAUCCAAUUCUUCUUUUAGCUGUCCACCUUCUCAGACCUGUUCAUUGUUUUCGUGAUCAUUUGCUGGUCCUCAAGUUUGACGUAGACGGGACGGGCGAUUACGAGGAGGGUGGAGUCUUCUGCAGCUCGCACUCCAUCCUCGCGAAAUGGCAUCGUCCCCUGUGGCUGCUCCGCCACCCGACGCCUCGUCUACGCCCUCUCCUCCCGCCCCUGACGCGCCCCCUCCCUCCGACCCUUCGUCCUCAGCACCUCCGCCCACGUCAUCCCCUCCGCCAGCUACGUCGUUACCACCGCCACCGGUCCAGUCUCCGCCUCCGUCAUCGCUGCCGCCCCAAUCUCCACCGCCGUCAUUACCGCUGCCACAGUCUCCGCCUCCGUCACCGUCGUUGCCCCAGUCUCCGCCGCCGUCACCGCCUCCGUCACCGCCGUUGCCCCAGUCUCCGCCGCCGUCACCGCCUCCGUCACAGCCGCUGCUCCAGUCUCCGCCUCCGUUAUCGCCACCUUCAUCGACACCUCCCACGACCACCCCGAACGCGCCACCUCCUCGGAACUCUCCGCCUCCCCCCUCGUCCUCCUCUUCCCCAAAACCACCCUCCUCUACGUCGUCUCCACCUUCAUCCACUCCACCGUCACUACCAAGCUCGUCCUCUUCUUCGCCUCCACCACCCAAGUCGAACGACGCGACGUCGCUACCGCUGCAGCCACCAUCACCACCUCAGCCAAUCUCACCGACGACCCCUUCUUCUUCAGCAGCACUGUUACCGCCACCCCCAAGAAGCCCCUCAAAGUCGGUGCCUUCGCACGGUGCAAGACCUUCGCCGAGCAAGGAUUCCAGCACACCUUCGAAGAGUGAUCACUCCGGCUUGAAUCUGCCCCUCGUAUUGGGGUUCACCGCAGGUGUCGGGAUCUUCGUCGUGUUGAUGAUUAUAGCACUGGUGCUGUACGCUAGGAACAAAAAGAAGCCGCAUCAAUACUAUGAUGCUGCAGGCUCACAAGGUGGCUUCUACAAUGCCGGAUCGCUUCCGAACUGGCAAAAUGGAGCCCAGAGGAAGGAUCACAAUGGCAACAUCCCCCCACCUCCAGGAGUAGUAGUCCCACCUGGAGGUGGAUGGCAGGCAUCAUCGAUGAUGUCCAACAGCGAUAUAAGCUCAGCGUACUCCGGCCCCCAUGUUUCUUCGCCAUCGACCCCUUCACCUAACAUUUCCUUGGGCUUUAACAAGAACCACUUCAGCUACGAGGAGCUAUCAGCAGCUACAAAUGGAUUCAGUCGAGAUCACAUCCUGGGGCAAGGUGGAUUUGGUUGCGUGUACAAAGGUGUGCUCCCUAACGGGAAGGAGGUUGCCGUGAAGCAGCUCAAGUCGGGAAGUGGGCAAGGGGAGAGGGAGUUCCAAGCUGAGGUCGAAAUCAUCAGCAGAGUCCACCAUCGCCACUUAGUAUCUCUUGUUGGAUACUGCAUCGCUGGAUCUCAGAGGAUGCUUGUCUAUGAUUUUGUACGCAACAAGACCCUCGAGUUCCACCUUCAUGGGAAAGGUCUUCCAACAAUGGAUUGGCCUACACGACUCAAGAUCGCCAUCGGAUCAGCUAAAGGCCUUUCUUACUUGCAUGAAGACUGCCAUCCUCGGAUUAUCCACCGUGACAUAAAAACUGCAAACAUUCUCCUGGAUAAUAAUUUUGAGGCCAUGGUUGCAGACUUUGGAUUGGCCAAAAUUUUUUCUGAUACAAACACGCACGUCUCAACUAGAAUCAUGGGAACCAUUGGGUACUUGGCUCCUGAGUAUGCAUCAACCGGGAAGCUAACCGAGAAAUCCGAUGUUUUCUCCUACGGUGUGAUGCUUCUGGAGCUGAUAACAGGACGGAGGCCUAUCGACGAUUCAGACACAUUCAUGGUGGAUAGCUUGGUCGAUUGGGCACGACCUCUCUUAGCCCAGGCAUUGGCUGAUGACAAAUUUGAUGAGCUUGCUGAUCCGCGCUUGGAGAACAGCUAUGACACUGUGGAAAUGGUACGAAUGGUGGCAUGUGCUGCUGCUUGUGUUCGACAUUCUGCCAAGGGGCGACCUAUGAUGAGCCAGAUCGUUCGAGCAUUGGACGGGGAUGUCUCACUAGAAAUCCUGAACGAGGGGUCAAAGCGUGGACAGAGCACAACCUUCAGCUCCAGCUCAGACUACGACGCCAGCUUAUACUCCUCCAACAUGAAGCACUUCAGAACAGUUGCGCUCGAAAGCAACGAUUACAGCAAUGGGUACAGCGGAGCAACCAGUGAGUACGGGCUUAACCCAUCGGAGACGAGCAGCUCUGGCGACGUAAUCUCCCCGGACAGUCCAAAAAAGCACUCUUAUCAUCGUCUUUGAACACCAAGAGAACAUUAUAGAACAAGAUCUACUAAUGGAGAGACGAGUCUCUCUCAUCAGUUGCGUCAGAUGUAUUAUAGUCCUGUGUUGUUUAAUCAUUUGGUCAGUGUCUAACGAUGUAUCUAUAAUCUGAUAUGUGUUCUAAUGCUGUUA